CUAAACGCUCUGGAACGACUGACUGUGUUUAUUUCUAUGGACAGGUUUAAUGCUAUGAUAUAUUAGUCUAAUACCGUGCUUAAACAGCAUUUGUUGGAGCGGUGUUUUCGUCUGUCAUGUGAUUUAAGAACAGAAAGUUACCACGAUCUUCAGAUUGAGAUUUAAGCAUGAGUUUCUCAGCGGCGAAGCUUCGCCUCAUCUCUGUAUCUGCGUGUCUGCUGUUGCUGUGUGGAUCAUCGUGGGGAUCCAAUGCCACAGUUCCUCUGGUGAUAUGGCACGGCAUGGGAGACAGUUGUUGCAAUCCACUCAGCAUGGGUGCGAUGAAGAAGAUGGUGGAAGAGGAAGUCCCAGGAAUUUAUGUGAUUUCCCUGAUGAUCGGCAAGUCUGUUCUACAGGACACUGAAAAUGGCUUCUUCAUGGAUGUCAAUGAGCAGGUGUCUUUUGUGUGUGAUCAGCUGUCCCGGGACCCUAAACUCAAGGGAGGCUACAAUGCAAUGGGCUUCUCCCAAGGGUCACAGUUUCUGCGAGCAGUUGCUCAGCGCUGUCCAGAUCCUCCAAUGAAGACCCUGAUCUCAGUCGGUGGGCAGCAUCAAGGGGUUUUUGGUCUUCCGCGAUGUCCUGGCGAAAGUUCUCAUAUCUGUGACUGGAUUCGCAAGAAGCUGAACUCAGGAGCAUACACAGAUGCAAUUCAAAAACACUUGGUGCAGGCACAAUACUGGCACGAUCCCCUCAAUGAUGGCUUGUAUAAAAAAUACAGUCUCUUCCUUGCCGACAUCAAUCAGGAGCGGGUGGUGAAUGAGACCUACAAGAAGAAUCUCAUGUCUCUGAAUAAGUUUGUCAUGGUUAAGUUCCUGCAGGACACUAUGGUGGAUCCUGUGGAUUCUGAGUGGUUUGGUUUCUAUAAAGCUGGUCAAGAUAAAGAGCUGGAAACGCUGCAAGAAAGUGCUAUAUAUAAAGAGGAUCGACUGGGGUUGGCAGAGAUGGAUUCUGCAGGGAAGCUUGUGUUCCUCGCCUCUGAUGGAGAUCACCUACAGUUCACCCGAGAAUGGUUUAAUGAGAAUUUACUUCCCUACAUGCGCUAAACACAGUGACAUCAUGCUUAUUCCCAAUAAGAAAGUUUACACACACUCAAUCCAGCUAAUUUAGGCAUGUUUCUAACUCUUACACAAUCACCAAGUCUCAUAUAUAAAUUAAGCCAGUCUUAUUUUGUUGCACUGAUCUGAUUUUUAUUUGACUGAUUUAAUUAAAAAAAUCUCUUUAAUGAAAUAUAGAUUUUAAUCGUUCUAAUUGUGUACUAUGUUUGUUUAUUUUUGUCACACAAUAAAACAUUGAAUCUUACGAACCCA